CUCUAUCCUCAAGAGCUUCACAUCUUACUUGAAUUCACAGCAGUAUUCACUAGGCAGUAGACUUACGCCUUGUCAAUUCUGCCACUAGAAUGCAUAAUGAUGUUAAUAUUUUACAUAUUUCCAAGAAUUUUCUUCAUCGGGAUCACGAUAAAAAGAAGAAAAAAACUGGACCGACACUCCACAUCGUGACAGCUCACACAGCCCCCCUAAUUCUUGGCGAUGAAUCCCCUAAAAUGACGUCCUAGCAAGCUUCUUACCGGUAGCCAAUGGUUAUAUAAUUCGACCAUGGUAAACGAACCCUCAUUAGAUCGGUGAAUAAAUUUAUCUUGCUUUCACUCACUUUUUUUUCUACUUACCUUGGCAUUUUUGAGAAUUCAAUUGACAUGAAUUACACACUGUACACGUGUGAUUGUGGAGAACGAUGAUGAAUAUGGAUUAUAACCUCGACGAGCUAGAUGUCGCCCUUAGCGAGGCCCGGCACCAGGCAGCAGCUGUCUCCGGUCCUCCCACCCGGAACGAGAGCCGCCGCACGGGAGCUAGCAGCACCCGUCGCGGUAGUCUAAUCCCCGGAAAGGGUGCAAUCUCGUCGGCUUCAAUAAACCAAGGGACAAAGCAACAGCCACAGCAUCGGCUCGACGAGUUGAACCUCUUCAAUUUCGAUCUACGCGAACUCGUGAGUUACAUGUUUCUGCCUAUAGACGGCCAGAGCCGAGUCUCUUACCACGAGUACGCCGUCUUCGCGCCAAGCGAAUCCAAUGGCGAGACCCACUCCCCGAGUAUCAUGUCCGAUGGAGAGGAAGGUUUACAAAUGUUUCGGAGUGCGAUUAAGGACGGACAUGGCUUGGAUAAUGAGGGAAAUUUCACCCCUAUGCCAAAAGGGAAGCACUUGCUUCGGGGACGGAUGCGGCAAGUAAUUGCCCAUCGACGUAUUCGUCAAGAAUCAGAAUGCCCCAGCAUGCAUUGCGCUGAUGGGUUGCACCUAACAGUAGAUGAUUACGAGUCUCUGGGUCUACACUCGGGAACUCUGCCCACUUUACAGCGAGUAACUCUUGAGUCUUCAUUCUGGGAUUCAAGAAAAGAGACAGUAUACCUGAUUCUAAGCUUUUCUUCUAGUCCACAGCCGCCAUAUGACUUCCUAUCAAUGGCUUAUAAGCUUAAAACAAGGACGGGAACCGCUCUGAUACGGCGGUCAUUUGAUACACGCUGGCACGCCGAUGAUGCGCUAGACGAAUAUGAACGUCGCCUAGACUCUUGCAGGGCCCGAUGGUCUCACCCUCUUGUGCUACCAGUUGUACUACUUCAGGUACAGCUAUUUCGUACUGAAGAAGCAGUACAGGCCAAUAAUGCAGAGGUGUUGGAGCUUGAGGCUCACGUUGAUGCAGUUACUGGUACUACGGGACGGGCUAAUGCGGAAGCCUGGUGGAGGAACCAUCAGCCACAUAGUACUAAGCACCACCCCUUUAAGCCUAUUAAGCGCUGGAGUUCGGGCCUGAAAGAUAUGGUGGAGGAGAAGGUCAGGGGUGGGCGGCGUAGCCACGAUGUCUCGAGCCCUGCAGCACCCUCGCCUCAUCCAGAAGUUGAUGCCUAUUUCGACCCCGAAUAUGUACCGCCACAGACAAUUCAUCUUAUGAAGGAAGCUCACGACGUUCUCAAAGGGGCUAUUCAAUUGCUUGACACAUUGCGAUGGAUGGAGCGUGCAUUGAAGCUCAUAAUUCAAGCUGGCGAUGAGCUAGACGUUCGUGUAAACGAGUUAAAAGCUCAAGCGGUAGCAAGAGGGCAAAUGAAAGAAGACGAGGAUGACGAGCUUACGGUCCACUGGCAUGAGAUUAGACAGUACCUAGAUUGCACGUGGCGACUCUGUACCUCUCUCGAAACCGAUCGGCGUAUGUCGGAGCUGAGGUGUCGGGCACAGAUCGAUAUCAUCUACUCAAAGAUGGCACAAGAGGAUAACAAUCUCAACGCGCGCAUGGCUGUAGCAUCAACGCGUGAUAGUUCUUCGAUGAAAGCGCUAGCUGUUAUUACCGCCAUAUUUCUACCAGGCGAAUAUAUCGGAACGCUUUUUGGCGUCUCCAUGUUCGACUGGGAGAAGGGGACCGCAGGCGAUCCAGCAAUUUCAAACGACGCUCCUGAAGGUUGGCCACGUCCCGUAGUCAUGCCAUCAUUCUGGAUCUACUGGGCAUUUACCAUCCCGUUGACUUUGUUAAUAGUGUUCGGUUGGCGCGCUUGGUGGGUUAACCAAGACCGUUUUUUCCGUCGCCACCUAAGCGUCGACCUCAGCAACGAACGCUACUGGACUACUGACGGCCGCCCCCGGGAUCUCGAAACUACUUUUAUGCAAGACUUCUUUAGCGGUCUUCUUAGCCGCAGCGGCGCUGGAACUACUAGCAACAGCACGAUCCUUGGAAAGACACCACGGCCUAGGUCUAGGAAUGGGCCAAGCCCUAGUGUGGAUAUCUCCAGAUCGCAGAUCCGAACACCUAUUUCCCGGCCUGGAUCUAGCAUUGGAUUGCCCAGGCAAGGGUCCGGGUUGGGACCGAUAUAUGCCAAUGGGGGCAAGGAUAGGGAUCUCACGACCGAUUCGGAACGCGAGGGUGAUGGCACGGAUAGGAUGCGGUUCAGGCAGAUCUCGUUUGCUAGGGGACCGCUAAUACGGAGGGAAGGGAUAUAUGCUGUCUAAGCAUUGGUGAUGGAAGAAAUGUGUAACGUGAAGCCGAUUUCAUUAAACCCCUUACGGUACCCACUCUACAAUCACCUUUUUCGACACUAAACAAAUAGAAAUAUAGAAAAGAUACAAUAAUGAUCAAUGAUAUCUAAAAA